UGACAAAGGUGACUUGAGACCCACCACAGCAGAGUGAAACUCCAUAUGCUGCCUGGAUAUUAGGAGAUUCCUCCCACCAGGAUUUAUUAUCUGACAUGGACUGCAUUUGACAAAAAAAAAAAGGAAAAAAGGAAAAACGCUGCCUUCACAUUUUGGAUUUACUGCGUUUGAAUUGGAUCUGAUGGGUUUCCUGUGCUGCUGCUGUGAGGCGUCAUGGAAGGUCUGGAAGCUCUGAGAGAAACUUCUUCUCUGAAAGUUCCUGCCGAGUGUUUCUGACCCAGCAUGUAGCAGAGGUGAACAAGUCCCUUCACGCCCGGGAACCAUCUGACAACAUAAUGGGGAAUUCAUAUGCCGGGCAGCUGAAGUCUGCUCGAUUUGAAGAGGUUCUCCACAACUCGAUUGAGGCUUCACUGCGCUCGAGCAGCGGAGAUCCACAGCCCAUCUUCACACAGCUCUACCUGGAGCCGGAGCCGUAUCCUGGAAACAUGGAAGACAUUAAGCCCAAAGUCGACCUCCAUGCCGGGGAGCCCCCGGGUCAAGACCUCAUGAACGGCCACUCGUCCAACGAUCUGGAGGAGCUGGAGGAAGAAGACGACUCAGACAGCAGCAGCCCCCCCCUCCCCUACCUGCAGGUGCCUGCACCCGACGGCUGCUGCACACUGGACGGGUUCUGUCAGGCAGGCAAAGACCUCCGCCUGGACUCCAUAGCAACAGAGCCCAUCGAGGUCCCAGCAGGCUUCGAGCUGGUGGGCGCCAAGUCCCCCAGUGUCCCCGAGCACAUACUGGUCUGUGCCGUGGACCGCCGCUUUUUGCCUGACGACAAUGGGAAAAAUGCACUUUUAGGUUUUUCAGGGAACUGUGUGGGCUGCGGUGAAAGGGGCUUCAGAUACUUCACUGAGUUUUCCAACCACAUCAACCUGAAGUUGUCCACCCAGCCCAAGAAGCAGAAGCACUUAAAGAACUACCUGGUGAAGAAUUCUCAGGGUGCUCUGUGCAAAGGACCCCUCAUCUGCUGGAAAGACUGUAAAACCCGCCAGUUGUCCAGCAACGCGUCCACCUCCAAACCCAGCUCGUCCUCCUCACUCAGCAGUAAAGAAAGUGGAGGCACCAGCGGACACAGCUUGUCUCCCUUUUCCCUUUCAGAUUCCCCACCCACCAGGACGACGCAGGCCUCCUCUGUGUUUUUCGGGGGUCAGGACCUCAGCAGAGACUCCAGCUUCCUCAAACCUCUGGCCUCCACACCUGGAAUCAAGACUCUCCCAAUAGUACCCACAGCUCUGAGGGUGACCGGGCCGACUAACGGUCUGGGUGUGGAUGGACGUCCUCCCUUACUGAGCCCAUCCCAGGUGUCCUUAGGGCCUCAGGUCCAGGGCUAUCGCUCUGCCAACAUAGCAGACAUUCCACUAUCUUCUGUCAUGAACUCGGGUCCGCCAAAAAAACGCCACCGGAGCUGGCAUCCCACCACGUUAGUUCCUGUCCCGUCAACAGCCGUCCCUGUUCCAGCCAUCCGACCGAACGUUUUCUCCCCAGGUGCUGUGUUAGGAGUUUCCUCUGCUCAGCCGCCGGUGGCUCCGGUCAUUCAGCCCCAACCUGUCACAGUCGGAGAGACGGUCAUCGUCCCCGACAACCUGCUCAACUCUUCGGGUGUUCGCCCUGUCAUCCUCAUUGGACAUGGCACUUUACCUUACUUCUAUGGGAAUGUUGGGGAUAUAGUGGUGAGCCCCCUGCUGGUCAGCUGCUACAAGAGCAGCCAGCUGACAGAGAAAACCCUGGAGACUUUGGGCCUGAACAGGAAUCAGCUGCUCAGUGUGGAGACCAUGAUCCUGCUCACUUUGCAGUACCUUGCACGACUAAGCUCCAAUCAGAUUCCUCUGCGGGAGGAGCUGGAGCAGAUCGUCCUGAAGGCCAUGCUGUGCUGUCCGGGGGGUCCGGCCAUCUCCCUGUCCCAGCUGCCCUGGUUGGCCCGGCUGGAGGCCAGCGUCUCCGGGGGGAGCGUCCAAGUCGUGGUCACCCACAACUCUCUGGGAGAAGGCAUCUCCGAGUCCCUGCGCACCCUCAGCGAGGGUCCCCACCCCCUGCAGUGCCUGCCCACCUAUGUGGUCAUCAUCUGUGCCUCCAAAAUGAGCUGCAGCGAGUUCUGUGUGCUCGUUUUGGGAAAGUACCAAGCUCGGGCCUUAGCUGAAGGAAUGCUGACGACUAACGAGUUCCUGAAGGAAAUCAGCUACGAGCUCAUCACAGGGAAAGUCAGCGUCCUGGCUUCUCACUUCAAAACCACAUCAUUAGGGGACAAUCUGGACAAGCAGCUGGUGCGAUACCAGCGGCGACGGAAGGGACAGGUCAUCCAGCCCUUUCAGGGAGAUGUCACUGACCACAUCCACUCGCAGGAGGCUGCCAGCAUGUCACCGCCCUCAGACAGAGCAGCAGACCUCCUGGGUAAGGUGUUCCAGAUCUACCCGACCCAGCUGAGUGUGGCUCGCAGCCUCCUCUCUCAGGUCUGCUCCAUCGCGGACUCUGGGACCCAGAACCUGGACCUGGGUCGCUUCUGUAAAGUGGACUUCCUGGUUUUGGUCCCGCCCUCUCACAUUCUGGUGCACCAGACAGCACAGCGCAUCCGACAAUCAGGGGUGCUUGUGGACCUGGGAGUGGAGGACACCUCCUCGGCCUUUCAGAAGUCGGACAAGUACGUGGUGCGUCUGGACAAUGACGUUCACGCCAAGAUGGAGGCCUUCAUGAGGAAAGUCAAACAGAACCCCUACACGCUGUUUGUCCUCAUUCACGACAACUCGCACGUCGACCUCACGAGCGCUCUGUCUGGGUCCGUGUGCCACGGCGAGCUGCAGGGUCUGGCUGACCGGGUGGUGAACUGCCAGGAAGUCCUGGAUGCCAUGAACCUGCUGGUCCUGCAGGUCAGCUGCUUCCCACACACGCAGCAGACGCGUCAGUCCCGCAUCAGCCUCCACAACGAGGUGCACUGGCCGGCCAGCAGAACUCUGCAGGGAGAGCAGUCCGCCCACGAGCUGGUCUACUUCGGCCUGAGGGACUACAGCAGCUCCCUGCAGUGGGGCGUGGCCAGUCCCAUUCUGCGCUGUGAUGAUGCAUUUGAGAAGAUGGUCCACACUCUGCUGGAAAGACAUCCGCACCUCCACAGCAUGGUGAUCCGCAGCUACCUGCUGAUUCAGCAGUACACCGAGGCCAUGAUGGCUCUGACCUCCUCCCCGUCCCUGAGAGACCACAUCACCCCGGAGACUCUGGCCAUGGUGGAGGACCUGAUCAACGCCCCGAGCAGGGAGGGCUCCCAGGGGCGGGGCCACAUGCUGCUGGUCCGCGUCCCCUCGCUGCAGCUGGCCAUGCUGGCCCGGGAACGACUGGAGGACGUGAGGGAUAAACUGGGGCUCCAGCUGUGCUUCGCCGUGCUGCUGGGGAGUCCGGCCUCCGAACUCAUCCUGCACCGGAACUUCACCAGUCGUCUCAGGGCGUGGCGAGGCUGUGAGAAUGAGGACUGGGUUCCUCACACCUACGAGGAUCUGGAAGGGCUGCCCUGCAUCGUCAUCCUCACAGGCAAAGACCCUCUAGGAGAGACGUUCCCCAGGUCUCUGAAAUACAGUGACCUUCGCCUGAUAGACUCCAGCUACCUGACCCGUACGGCCCUGGAGCAGGAGGUGGGUCUGGCCUGCACUCAUGUGUCCAUGGGCGUGGUCAAGGAGCCCAAGAAGGUCAAAGCCCCCCGGGAGUCCGACGGAGAAAAGGCCUCCCCCAGCCUGAACGACGGCGAUGAGCUGGAAAGACCUCAGAGCAACGGCAGCGCGGCGACCAGAACUUCAAGUUCUUUGGCAGAGAACGGAGUCAGUUCAUCCGAUGUCGCGGACUCGUUCCAGAAACCCUCCACCUGCCUGCCUGAAGGUCCUGCUAUCACAGACAUCGGCACCAUGACACAAGGGUUCAAGCAGGAGUGCGAUUCCCUGGGAAGCCAGUUUUCCACGAACCCCACCAAAGCAUCCAAGGCGUCUCCGUCCCUUUGCUCCAGCUCCUCUUCUUCCUCCCCCUCCCCAUCGUCCUCCUCCACCCAGAGGCCCAGCCAAUCCACGCAGUGCAGCCGAGAACCCAAGCCCACCCGGGUGUCACCGCGGACCGUCAUCAUGUCCCGGGCGGCGUACAACCUGCUGGCCGGCGAGUCGGGGAGUCAGCUGAGCUCCUACUCCCUGCUGCCUCACGCUGAUGUGGCGUGGAGCAGCCCACUGAGGCCCCUUAUCACCCAGAACCUGCAGGGGGCAGAGCAGAGCACGUACUACCGCCAGUGGACCAUCACCAGGCAGCAUCACGCUGAUCAUGAAUCUCCGACUGUGCCGCAUCCACGACGUUUGUUACUCAGUGGACCCCCUCAGGUGGGUAAAACCGGAGCCUACCUGCAGUUUCUCCGUAUCCUGUUUCGAAUGCUCAUCAGACUGUUGGAGGUUGAUGUGUAUGAUGAGGAAGAGGACGAAGAGGAGGAAACCUCAGAGGUCAUGACUCCAGGAAACACCCAGUGGCCCGACAUUGAGGACGUUCGAAAGCUGCCCUUUGACCCUUACCCCCGGGACCCGAAGUUCAAGGAGGCCAGCCCGGUUUUCUCUCCUAAGAUGCCAAAGGUCUUACAAGAUUUUAAUCAGGAAGGCGAGAGCCAAGCACCAGCCAAGCGAGAGACCAAGUCCAUACGUCUGAGCAGGUUCGCGGCCCACAAUGCCUUUCACCACUGCGAACAGUGUCACCACUACUGUGAAGCAGGCCCCGCCAUGCAGCUGUCGGAGUGCACCUUUCAUGCCUUCACCUUCUGCUCCUCCAUGCUGGGGGAGGAGGUCCAGCUCCAGUUCGUCAUUCCCAAAGCCAAGGAGCAGCAUUUUGUCUUCAGUCAGCAGGGUAGCCACCUGGAGAGCAUGUGCCUGCCUCUGGUCUCCAGCAAGAAUCCUGAUCUGUUGAAGAGUCCGAUCUUCACGCCGACCACUGGAAACCAAGAGCACGGCCUGCUCAACAUCUUUCACGCCAUGGAGGGCGCCGCUCACGUGCACAUCCUGGUGGUGAAGCAGUGCGAGAUGCCGCACUACAGGAAGUACUGGCCCAACCACAUCCUGCUCGUCCUGCCGGCCAUGUUCAACAACGCUGGAGUUGGUGCUGCUCGCUUCAUGAUCAAAGAGCUGUCAUACCACAACCUGGAGCUGGAGAGAAACCGACUAGAGGAGCAAGGGGUCAAGAGGCAAGAUGUGUGGCCGUUCAUCGUCAUGAUGGACGAUUCCUGCGUGCUGUGGAACGUCCACCAGUCAGCGGACUGCAGUGAGUCAUCAGAUGGAAGCUCCACCCUCAUCAACGUGUCUCUGAAGACGGUGCUGCAGCACAUGGAGGGCACGCCGAAGAUCUCCCUGUACGCCAUGUGCGGCACUCGCAAGUGGAGCAGCAGCCUGGCUCGCCGGUCUCCCAGCCAACCCUUCAGUCGCUGUCAUCUCCACGACUUUGUCCUGCUCAACGUGGACCUGACGCAGAACGUCCAGUAUGACCUCAAUCGCUGUGGCUGUGAGGAGGUGGACUUUAAUCUGAGGGUGAACAGCAGUGGGCUGCUGCUGUGCCGCUUCAACUACUUCAGCCUGAUGAAGAAACACAUUCCAACUGGCGGGAACAAAGACUUCCUGGUCAAACCUAAACUCAUGGAAAUAGAGAACCUAACCCCAAUCAGCCCGUCCCAGUACGUUUGCGCCCCAGACAGCGAGCAGACUCUUCUAGACGCCCCGGCCCAGUUCCUGCUGGAAAGGUUCCUGCAGAGCUGCAGCCACAGACUGUUUCCAAAGGCUGUUCAAAACAGAAACAACCCAGUUCUGUCCAUCGACAGCUACCUCAACAUCAGCCCGGAGAUUUCCGUGUGCUACUUCAACUCUCGACCACACUCCACCAACCUGAACCAUCAGGGCCUGGUGUUCAGUGGCCUUCUGCUUUACCUCUGUGACUCCUUCGUCGUCUCGGGACUUCUCAGGAAAUUCCGCUUCCUCAAAGGUGCCACCCUCUGUGUGAUCUGUCAGGACCGGAAUUCCCUGCGUCAGACCAUCGUCCGGCUCGAGCUGGAGGACGAGUGGCAGUUCCGGCUGCGCGACGAGUUUCAGACCGCCAACUGCAGCGAGGACCGGCCGCUCUACUUCCUGACCGGCCGCCACGUUUGAGCCUGUGAACAAGCUCGGGUCUGCCUCUCCUCUGCAGAAGCACAAUCAGAGACAAGGGUAGAUUUGAUUCCCAACCAGCAGUCCGAUUGGAGGAUUUGCUGGAGCACGAGACCUGAGGUUGUGGACACAUUAGCGGCCUGAUGUGGCUUUUCUUCAUCUGUGCUACCACAGUGCACUAUGCCUGGCUCUGGAGAGGAGCCGGUACAUGUUUUGAACUCUUGCUUGUAGCUGAACUUGUCUCUACUUGAGCUUGCGUUUCACUGACUUUGCUGCGGGCGGGAAAAACCCCACAGCUGAAACUGAACUUGAUUUGUUUUUCGUUGUUGUAUUUGGCAGAAAUGGACGCUGUUCGAUGGAUAAUGUGACUAUUUGAAGAUUAUAUGUGUUCACAGACUGUGACUACAGUGCGUCCCAUCCAGCACAUAAAGUGUUUAUCUCAGGGUUUUUAAGGCAGAUCCAAGGGUGGUUGCUAAAAAAGGGGUUGAAGCUUUUUCUCCUUGUUCACAGUGUAUUUUUGGCAUUAACGUAUGUAUGCUGGCACCAAAGAAAUCCUCCACUGCACCUUGUCCUUGUCCCUUCUCACCUGCUCUGCCUCUCAAACUCCACUGAGAUCAUCUCAUAUUGAAAAAUCUGCCCAAACACAGGUUGGCCUGCUUUGGAUUUGUAUCAUCUCGAGUAUCAGAUUCUAGCGUCCAACCAGUGUUAUGCAAACAGAAAAUCUAUUUAAGACAAGUGCAAACUCUUAAUCUUGUUUGCCUCUAAAAUAUGUCCAUGGCACCAAUAACCCUCUGACCAGGGAUAUGGCAGAGUGAGUGUGACGGUAUUUUCCAAAUGAUUUCAUCCAAUAGAAUAAAUUCACAACAGAAUCAUACAA